AUAAAUAUAGCUUCUUUUACUAAUGACGCAAUAGGAGUUGCUUUUACUUUUCAGUUCAGUGGAUGUGCAUUUGCAUCUGCCAUUUACUUGAAAUAUUUUCUGUUCAAAGACUUCGAUUUCUUUUCCUACAGUUGGGUUCACCUUCCCAUUCACACUCGCCACCUCUGAAGAUUUGUCAGUUUUAAUAUCCUCUUCAGUGCGUUUUUUUUCCUUCGUUCGGAAUUUUGGAAAAAUAAAGAUAAUUUGCCAUAACUUUGGAUAUGCUAAAAGAAGGAAGUAUUUUCUUUGCUUUGUGCUUGCUCAUGACAGGAUAUUUGUGGGCUCCAAUUUCAGGUGAAGCACUAAAAUGCCAUGUGUGUAAUUCUUUAGAGGAUGAUGCAUGCGAGGUCCUAAAAGAUGACAGAUACGUAGUAGAAUGUCAAUCAGUGAACAAUGAUACUAGUCGCAAUCAUACUAUUUGCAGAUAUGAGAUUUUAUCGGUUACUUCAAAACAUCGGAACGAAGACUCUUCAAGAACAAAGCGCAGCUGUGGAUACACAAAACAUCCAAAAUUUGAUUGCUUUUAUAAUUCUAAUCGUGAUCUCAAAGAAACAAUCUGUGAAUGUGAAGAAGAUGGAUGCAAUGGAAGCAACACUCUUCAACUAGCAAUGCAAAUUCUUUUGAGUUGCCUACUUUUCAGUUACUUUACAACAUCCCUCAUGAGAUAAUUUGUUCUUCACUAUUUAAAACAAAUGAAUUACAAUUUAAUAGAUAUUUUCUAGUUUAUAUUUAUACAAUAAAUCUGUUUAUUUAUU